UUCCAUUUUUCUGGUCAUUUCGUUUUCUUCACAUUUUUUCUUUCUCUAAACAACUUUUCUCUCUCUCUCUCAUUCUCUGUUGCUUCAGCUCAGUCGAUUCUCUGUUUAUACAUUCUCUAAAUUCUUGUUGUGCUGUGAUUUUCUCAUGCUCCAGUGUUCAUUCUCCUUCUAAAUCUUGCUUCCUUUGCCUUUGAACCAUCUGCUUCUCUCAACCUGUAUUUCAAUCUGAUUCGAGCUUGUUCUGAGAUAAGGAUAAUAUACUCUGUUUCUUGCUUGUUUUUYUCUUUGUAAUUUGGUGCAUUUUGGACUCUGUUUUGAAACUCUGGCUGUGGAGGUGCUUUGUUUCGGUGACUGGUAGCUCUGAGGUUAGGUUUUGGUUAGCGUUUUUCCCCUGUUUUUCCGGUCACUUAGAUUUGGACCUGACCGGGGAAGAAACAGCGCCAUCUGAUGGCGCUGUUUAGGAAAUUAUUCUACCGGAAGCCUCCAGAUCGGCUGCUCGAGAUCGCUGAGAGGGUGUAUGUGUUUGAUUGUUGCUUCUCUACUGACAUCUUGGAAGAGGAUGAGUACAAAGUGUACUUGGCUGGCAUUAUACCAAGGCUACAAGACCACUUUCCUGACGCUUCUUUCAUGGUUUUUAACUUUAGUGAACGAAAGAGGAGGACUAAAACUUCAGACAUAUUGUCUCAAUAUGGUAUGACGGUGAUGGAAUAUCCUCUGCAAUAUGAAGGGUGUCCACUCCUGCCAUUGGAAAUGAUCCACCACUUUAUUCGGUCGAGUGAAAGCUGGUUGUCCUUGGAGAGACAGAAAAAUGUGUUGUUGAUGAACUGUGAACGAGGAGGAUGGCCAAUCCUUGCUUUCAUGCUUUCAGGUCUCUUGUUGUACCGUAAACAAUAUGACGGGGAGCAAAAGACCCUUGAAAUGGUCUACAAGCAAGCUCCUAGAGAACUCUUCCAUGUCCUUUCUCCAGUAAACUCACAGCCUUCUCAAAUGAGAUACCUUCAGUAUAUUUCUAGGAGAAAUCUAGGUUUUGAUUGGCCUCCACCUGAUACACMUCUAAUUUUAGACUGUCUGAUACUCCGGGACCUUCCUAUGCUUGAUGGAGGAAAAGGGUGCAGGCCUGUCGUACGCAUUUAUGGUCAGGAUCCGUUAACACCAAGAAAUAGAAACCCAAAACUUAUCUUUUCAAGUGCAAAGAUGAAAGGACGURGCUUCCACUACCUGCAGGCAGCAAGCAAACUGGUAAAAAUGGACGUUCAUUGUCAUCUUCAAGGGGAUGUUGUUCUUGAGUGCAUCCAUUUAGCUGGAGAUCUAAUACACGAGGAAGUGAUGUUUAGAGUUAUGUUUCACACGGCAUUCGUGCAUUCAAACAGUUUGAAGCUCAAUCGUGAUGAGGUUGAUGUUAUAUGGGAUGCUAAGGAGCAGUUUCCUAAAGAUUUUAGAGCAGAGGUGCUUUUCCUGGAUGCUGAUGAUGCUGUGCCAAACCUCUCUACAGUCAUGAAAAGUGAGGACAAAAUCGAAAUUGAAAGCAAUUCAACUGAGGAGUUUUUUGAAGUGGAAGAAAUAUUUAGCAAUGUUGUUGACGUGCAGGAAGUUAAGAGGGACUACGAUAUUCAAAUGGUACAUGCUAAUGAAACAGAUGAUAUGGACCAUCGAGCAGUUUGGAAGGAGGAUGCAGGUCCUCCUACAUUCCAACGCUGUAACUCAUAUGGAGGGAGUCAAAACUUGGACAUGAAGGUGGAUUCUAACGUGGAAGCAGUGAAGGACAUAACUGUUGAUGAUGCGACUUUCAAGACAGAUGAAAAACUGGACUCUGGUUUUCACGUAGUGAAGGACAUUGUUGUGGAUUAUGGAGAUAAAAAGCCAAAUCCUCUGCUAUUUUCUGUUAAUUUACCGAGACGUAUGGGAAUCCAGGAACUGAUAGACAAUGCUUAUGACAAGUUGGAAGAAAUGAAGCAUAAAGGGUGUGGAGAAGAAACUGCUAUUACAGACAUUGAAUCAAAGGUUCCCGUGAAAAAGUUGAAUCCUGAUGCGUGGAGGCUGAAAUAUGAGAAGUCGUUGUCAAUAGCAUCUAGGAAUCAGCCUCCAUCAACAGUUAAGCUAAUCAAUCAGACAACUCUAGCUAAACAGAAGACCAAACAGCCGGAAGAUCUGGGAUUUCUUGUAAAACAGGCAAAACCAAACACUCUUUCUAGAUGGACUUCACAUGACAAAGAAUCUUACAUAAACUCCAUGCAUGUGUUUUAUCCACCAUCAAGGCAUAGCGGUAACCCAGCAUCAUCUAUCAGUUCUCCUACUAGGGAUUCUUAUUCAUAUUCAAUAUCAAAAUCUGCUUCUGCUUGUGCUACUUCAGGACAGUUGCCUUCAGCUGAUACAGUUGAUGAACCGAAAAGUAACAAGGUGAGUCCUAUAAAACCUUUAUGUCUUGCAUCAGAGAUUCUCACGAUACAAUCACCACUUGGCUCCCCAGGACCAUUACCAAAUGUUGUUCCGCAUCAAGACCCUACUCUCUCUCAAUCUCCAACUACACUUCUACAGCCACCAGCUCUUCAUGCUAACAUCUCUUUGUUGCAUGCAUCAUCUCCUAAGUCUUCUAUGAUACCUACUUCAUAUUUACAUAUCAAUGCAAGAUCUCCUCCUCCACCCCCUCCACCACCACCUCCUCCACCUUCCACUCGUGUGGCACCUAAGAGUUCUGCACUGGUGAGUGAUACUACACCUAAGCAUAGUGCUCCACCUGCACCACCUCCACCUCCUCUACAUAGAGCUCAAACACUAUUACCACCCCCUUCCCAUGGAGCUUUGCCUUUUUCACGCCUAUCAAAUGCUGGAGCUUUGCCUCCACCCCCUCCCCCACCCCCUCCAACUCAAAGGGCGGCUCCUCCACAUCUAACCCUGGGGCGGCAGGCUUUACCAUCUCCAACAACUUGUGUAGUCCCAUCAUCCCAGCCACCUCCAAUUUGUGAAGCACCAUCACCCCCUCAAUCUACGACUGGUCCUCUUCCACUAGUUCCUUCUUCCAAACCUCCAGGGGGUAUGUCUCCACACACGGGAGCCAAAGGAGUAAAUUCUUCAACUGAUGUGAAAACAUCAUCUAUAUUGAGGGGACGUGGGUUCUCACGAUCAAUUAGCAAUGGGGUUGCUUCAGUGCCUCAACGAUCACCAUUGAAACCUCUGCAUUGGAGCAAGGUGACUCGGGCACUACAAGGGAGCUUAUGGGAAGAACUGCAAAGAUGUGGAGAUCCUGAAACUGCACCAGAAUUUGAUGUAUCUGAGCUGGAGACACUUUUUUCUGUGAUAGUCCCGAAACCUGUUGUUGAUUCAGGAGGUAAAUCCGGAGGAAGAAGGAAGUCAGUUGGAUCAAAAUUGGACAAAGUUCACUUGAUUGAUCUUAGGAGGGCAAAUAACACUGAAAUCAUGCUAACAAAAGUUAGGAUGCCACUUUCUGACAUGAUGGCAKCAGUACUCUCCAUGGACGAGUCAGUAUUAGAUGUAGAUCAAGUGGAAAAUCUCAUUAAAUUUUGCCCUACCAGAGAGGAGAUGGAGCUUCUAAAGGGGUACUGCGGUGACAAGGACAAACUUGGAAAGUGUGAACAGUACUUUUUGGAGAUGAUGCAAGUUCCUCGUGUGGAGUCGAAGUUAAGAGUGUUUUCUUUCAAGAUUCAGUUCAGCUCUCAGAUAGUAGAGUUCAGAAAAAGCCUAAACACUGUAAACUGUGUCUGUCUAGAGGUUAAGAAUUCUUUCAAACUGAAGGAGAUAUUGAAGAGAAUUCUUUGCCUGGGAAAUAUGCUGAACCAAGGAACUGCUAGGGGUUCUGCAAUUGGUUUCAGGUUGGAUAGUCUUUCAAAACUCACUGAUACACGUGCUUCUAACAACAAGAUGACUCUUAUGCACUAYCUUUGUAAGGUUCUUGCUUCGAAGUCACMAUCACUUCUUGAUUUUCAUCUGGACCUUGGUAGCUUGGAAGCUGCGUCUAAGAUACAAUUGAAAUCUUUGGCUGAAGAAAUGCAAGCAAUAACAAAAGGAUUGGAAAAGGUGAGGCAGGAACUAGUCGCAUCUGAAAAUGAUGGCCCCAUCUCUGAAACCUUUCGGAAGACGUUGAAAGGAUUUGUUACUCUUGCUGAGACAGAGGUGGAAUCUGUGACAGUUCUUUAUUCGGUGGUGGGUAGAAAUGCUGAUGCACUUGCACUAUAUUUUGGUGAGGAUCCUGCCCGCUGUCCAUUUGAACAAGUUACAGGAACUCUCUUCAAUUUUACAAGAUCCUUUAUGAAAGCACAUGUAGAGAAUUGCAAGCAGUUAGAAAUGGAGAUGAGAAAGCUCAGAAAAUAGGUGAAAAUCGAAAAAGGGCCAAGAGCAUCAUCAAGCAGAUGAAGAAGUUUGUGAGGGGUCGGAAUGGACGAUACACCAUCCGAGCGUGUCAGAAAGACCCUUUCUUAAUACUGCACCAGAAAUCUAACAAGAUUGAUACAAAGCUAAGCUUGGGGACUGCAGAAACUUUAACCUCCCAGAAGGUUAAUCCAGGACCUGGAUCAUGGCUAAAUACCUAAUGGACAGCUGAAAUAUGACUCUGAAUCUCCUCCAAAUGAACAAAAAUUUACUUCAAUCUCGUGUGGCCAUUAUGUAGACCAAGAACCAAAGGCUCCAAAUUGGCUUAAUUUUUGCAGAUUCUGGGCAUGGUCCUUAGCAAAAGCUUUUGGAGAACCAUCCUAGAGUUGAAGUAAAAUUGGCUCAUGCCCUCUGCAGUAGCUUUCAUGGAAGAGGCCAUUCAAGAAGAGAAUUUGAUUUCAGGUUCCACACUGUGUUUUGAAUAGCUUUACAACAGAGCAGCGACUAAGAACCGUCCAGAUGUGCAGGCGUAGGAUCUUGCAUCCAGCAGCAUAACUAUCUAAUAAUGAAGCAUAUCUAAUCAUACAUACAUCAUGGAACCACCUGCACACGAAGAUUCAUCACAGUCGUACGAGCCAUGAGAGCUGUUUGUGGCAAACUGGAGCCAUUUUCCUUUCUUGUAUUCUCAGCGACCCUCUUUUCUACCACUAUAAUUUCUGGAUAUCGGUACCCUCACUUUGUUGAUGCAUCUCUCUCCUGCUUUUCUUAGAAUUGGAGUCCUUUUAUCCAUGAUUGUAAGCAGGAGUAGCGAACACGCAGAAAUCAAUACCUUCCAUCUACGUUCGCAGCUCAAAUCUUGCUGGCAUCACCCCUCGUCCCGAUGAUUCUAAGAAAAUUGUCGACGAUUCUACCAAGCGAAUGCUUAGACCAGAUCAAGGCUUCGUUCUGAAUGCAUUUUCCAUCUGGGUUCGUCAACU